UUCAUUAGCAGCAGCACUGGUUUACGGACGUAUUCCGGAGACGGAAUGAUGUGGACGUCCGUCGUUCCUACUUUGUUGAUCCUCCUUGUUACAUUGUCCCUCAUAAAAGCUUCGUCUCCGGCUGAAUUCAUGGGAGACAUGAAUGGCUACAGAAGUGCUUGUAAGAAACUUGGCUGGGAGCCAAAGCAAGAUUGUACAGCUAACCACAUCAUUGCAUUCCAUGCCAACAUAGAUUCUCAUCUCACCAAUGUCCCAGUAAACACGACUAUUCAAUUCAACAACGUCCAGUUAAACAAAGGUGGAGCUUAUGACCCUGAAACUGGCAUCUUCACUGCACCGGAGGAGGGAGUGUACUCUUUUGCGUGGACUUUCCUGUCAAAACAAGGAGGAACCGUGUAUAUUGCUGCAACAAUAGAUAAUGCAGAUCGUGCCCAUACGUGCAUUGGAAACCAGCAAAGUCAAUACAUCAGCACUUCUGGUCACUUGGUCCACGAACUGAAGAAGGGAAAUAAAGUAUGGAUCAGAGUUUGGCACGUUCCUGCCAUAUUCAUACACGGUGGCUACUAUACGUACUUUUCUGGAAGUAAAAUUAACUCAUUUUGAAAACUUAAGAAGGGGAAAAACAUAACCUUGAAAUGAUGAAAACAUGAACAAGACACGAUUUUAUAUUCUGAUUAUAAAAGUGAUUUUAAAAGCUUAUAAUUUAGAUAAUAAAUAUUGUUCAUUUCAAUAA